AUGACCUCAAUCGAUCCGGGCAGGUUUCCAGCAGCAGCUAGUGAACAGCGUGCCACAGGCCAGAAGUCUCACAUGCAUGGAUAUCAGCUGAUUGGCUUGCGAGCAUCGACAUCUCUUCCUCCACCUCCACCCAAGCCACCUCAACCACCGCCGCCCCCGCAGACUCCACUGCUGCUGCAGCGAUUGCAGACAGUUCCGCCUGCUCGUCCCCCGCCACGACGUACAAACCCACCAUCGCAACCUGUACCGGAGCCUCCGACGGAUCCUCCACCGUUUUUGCUGCAACGGCGGCAGAAGCUUCAGCAGCCACAUGAGCUAGUUCAAUCGGACGAAGAGCUAUAUCCAGGCCAGCAAGACGUUUGGCAUGAUGAGGACCAACAUGAAGACCUCAGGGAAGAGCAGAGACAUGAUCAGGAGAAUGAACAUGAGCAACAAGAGACGCAAGAGCUCUGGCAAGAUGAGCCCUGGUCCAAGAACCAAUCCUGGCAAGCACAAAGCUGGGGUGACAAGCAACACUGGCGCAGCAAGCAGAAUUGGCGUGACCAUCAGUGGAGGCGCAAGCAGGGCUGGCAAGAUGAGCGCAAGUGGCAAGACGAGCAUGACUGGCAAGACAGGCAGGAGUGGCCGGAGAACCAAUGGUCAGAUCAACAGCACUGGCCUGAAGGGCCUUCAACUGAGCAGGGCUUUCCACCACAGCAGAGUUGUGUGGACGAGCGGCAGCAAUCUGUUGCAGGCGAACGCAAAAGCAUCGGCAGCCUCGCACUCCGGAUUUAUGAGCGUCUGAAGAAUGGCGAGGAGCUUCGACCCAGCCAAGCGGAAGCCACAGAGCUACCGGCUGCCAUCGGAAUGCCUUCCCUAAAGCCGAUCCUUUUGCCACCUGCUCCACCCUUGCCACCACAUUCUGCACCGCUCAAGCCUCCGCCCAAGGCAAUGCCUAGGCCCUUGCCUAAGUCCAUGCAGAAGGUGGCUCAUGUUCGAAUUCAACCAGUAUCAUUAGAGGCUGAGGCCGCACAGACAGCCAAGUCCAUGCCAACUCGCAAAAUGACCGGCACACUCGCAUGCACUGCCCCGGACACCACCCUUGCCCCACGAAAUUUUUUACCCAGGCAAACUGACACUGAUUUCACCGACCUUCAAGACAUGGUACUUGAUGACAUCCCUGAAACCCCAGCGCCAUUUCCACUCCCGGGCUCAGCGAGCACUAUCGCAAUUUCAUCCUGCAGAAGUACGCGGCAGCUACACUUGCUCGACGAGCAAACUGCAGAUGAGCUCGACGCAGCAGAG